AUGCCGUCUUUCAGAGCCAACCCCAAAGCCCGUCCCUGCCGCGGUAUCGCAUGCAGCAGCCGACGACGCAGUGACAAGAUGAGCAAACAGGCGCUAUGCUCUCGGCCGUCGGAGCGCACGGUCGUGGUGUCGAUUCUGCCAGUUGGUCGGAGGCGAUCGAUAUUUGAAACAUUGGCCUACGAUAGAGAAACUGUAAGACAAAGUGUGCCCAAUUCCUUGGCCGCGGUGCUUACGGCCGAUCCGCUUAGACGGCCCAACCGGCCGCCAACUCAGCCGGCCAGCCGACUGACGGACACUGAUCGUGCAGCCUGCCAAAGUGGAGGGACAGCUCUCAUCGAUCCACUGGACCGACUGGGGCGGCCUCAUGGAUGCACCAAUUUUCCGAAAACCGUACACUCGCACACGCACACACGCACUUGGGCACAGGUGAGCGCAGCUAUAAAUGCGCACCAGCCUGCACACACACACACACACAAGCAUACAAACAGACAAGUAGACGUGCAAGUGGGCAAAAGAAGUGGGCCAAGCGAGAGGCGUUUGCGCGUGCGAUCUCUUUCACUCUCGCCCUCGUCGAAAAGACACGCGCGCGCCGGUCGCCUGCGCCAGACCUUGCCCCCGAUGCUUUAUCCUUCUGCGCUGUCCACAAGACUGCCCAACACGAGGCCUGUCAGCCCGUCUGCCUUCUAUCGAUUUUGCCGGCUUGGGCACCUGUCUGUCGGGCGUGCGUGUGCAGGCGCAGAUCCGGGUCUGAGGGUAGCGGCAAGCGCAGAGAUGAGCGGCCGCGACGAACAUUCGAUUCUCGAAUUGACGAGCAAAUUGUGGAGAAGGCGAGUUGAACCGGGCGGCGGCAGAAGCGAACAGGCCGCGCUCGACGGCGAACGCGUCCAACCAGCGCCUGGCGCCGGUCAAGUCAAGGGACGAAGCAAGCAAAGGGACAAAAAAAAGAGAAAUAAACAAGCCAGCGCGGCUGGGCUGACUUUGCGAGAAUCGGCGUCGCUUGAGCAGACAACGCCGAAAGGCAGCCGAGCUGGUCAUCACGAUCGCCGUCUUCCAGACUUCACGGCCGGCAGACGUGGUGUGAACACCACUUUUCAGGAUGCCCAUCCCCCUCCACUGCUCGUCUGCUCCACCAAAAGAGCAGCCAAAGUUGAGUGCAAUUGCUCGGAUUCGUUCCUUCCGCGAAAUCGCGAGGCGGUUCGGCCCGUGUCCAUUCAGGCCAAGCCUUGA